GUGAGCAGAAGAACAUUGUGUCUUGUUUUGUCUAUAUUCUUGUGCAUUAGAAAAUUCUGGAUAUAGUUUUGAAGGAUUCAUUUGGCCUUGGUGGACCUUUGGCCCAGUGUGCAGGAGUCAUGAAGCCCCGCAGACCAAGCUGUGCAGAUUCUGGCUCUGAGUCUGAUUCCAGAGAUCCAGAGAAGUUUGAGAGUGCAGUACGGCGAAGGAUGGCGGCCAACGCUCGUGAGAGGAAGAGAAUGCAGGGCUUGAACACGGCAUUUGAUCGCCUGCGCAAGGUUGUUCCUCAGUGGGGCCAGGACAAAAAACUCUCUAAAUAUGAAACCCUGCAGAUGGCCCUGAGCUAUAUCAUGGCCCUCAAUCGGAUCCUGACCGAUGCCAGUAGACACACAGCUCCUCAAAAGGACUGGCUGAAUCUUCAGUUUGAAGACCUACAACCAGAGACCUAUUCUUGCUUUAUGCGAUAUAACUCGUCCAUGGAAAAUGACUGCAUGCAUUCCUCUUUCUCCUAUGACUACGAAAGUCUCUAAGUUCUCACUUUGACUCAUACGCAAUGGUGCGUUAAUUUGUAUCUUUCUUUACGUAGAUACAGGAGUCAGUAAAUAUGUUUGUAUU